CCAGGUGGGAGCGGUUGGAAAGGAGAUGUUCCUCGUGUCUGUGCUGGAAGCAGGAUGAAUCUCGUGUCUAUGGCGACAGAGCCCGAGCUGAAAUGGCUAACGCUGCGGGUCCGCGUCGGGUGGGCGGCCGUGCUCGCGUUCCUCCUGGGCUCCCUCGUGAUCCUGCUGCUGCCGCCGGCCGCUGUGGAAGAGCAGUGCCACGCCGUGCUCGAAGGACUCUCCUUCCUGAAGAGCAAACUGAGCGCAGGUUCCUCGGGGGUCACCAGAUACACAGGGCAAACAACCGGGCUGAGCGUCACCUCCAAUGGGCUGGAGCUGCUGGUGCUGAAAGGCAAAGCCUCCCCAGAAGUGAAGGCGGAAGCUAAAGCAGCUCUGAAUCAAGCCCUCGAAAUGAAGCGCCAAGGAAAGCGGGAGAAAGCCCACAAACUCUUUGUGUACGCCCUGAAAAUGGACCCUGAUUACGUGGAUGCCCUGACUGAAUUUGGUAUCUUUUCUGAAGAGGAAAAGGACAUCCUUCAAGCCGACUACUUGUACUCCAAAGCACUGACCAUUUCUCCCUGCAACGAGAAGGCUUUGAUCAAUCGGGACCGGACGCUCCCUUUAGUUGAAGAGAUAGACCAGAGGUAUUUUAGCAUUAUCGACGGCAAGGUUAAAAAAGUGAUGGCGAUCCCCAAAGGCAACUCCGCCCUGCGCCGAGUGAUGGAGGAGUCCUAUUACCACCACAUCUACCACACGGUUGCUAUCGAAGGCAACACCCUGACGCUGUCAGAAAUACGACACAUCAUUGAGACCAGAUACGCCGUCCCUGGGAAGAGCUUAGUGGAGCAGAACGAGGUGAUCGGGAUGCACGCGGCUCUGAAAUACGUCAAUACCACGCUGGUGUCGCGGAUAGGCUCCGUGACCAUCAGCGAUAUUUUGGAGAUACACCGGAGGGUGCUGGGCUACGCCGACCCGGUGGAGGCAGGGAGGUUCAGGACUACCCAGGUGUUUGUGGGACACCACAUCCCACCGCAUCCCCAGGACGUGGAGAAACAGAUGCAGGAGUUUGUGCAGUGGAUUAACUCGGAAGAUGCCAUGAGCUUGCACCCCGUGGAAUUUGCCGCGUUAGCCCACUACAAGUUGGUUUACAUCCAUCCCUUUGUCGACGGCAACGGCAGGACCUCGCGCCUGCUGAUGAACCUGAUCCUGAUGCAGGCAGGGUACCCGCCCAUCACCAUCCGCAAGGAGCAGCGCGCCGAGUACUAUCACGUCCUAGAAGUGGCCAACGAGGGCGACGUGAGGCCUUUUAUCCGCUUUAUUGCCAAGUGCACGGAGACGACUCUGGACAUGCUGCUCAUCGCCACCACAGAAUACUCUGUGGGCUUACCCGAGGCCGACGGCAGUGCUGCUGGAUGCAGACAAACGAUCCCCGUCAAGACUUGAGGACUGCGGACACGUGGGA